UGGGGGGCUCUAUUAUUAUUACAUCUAUAUAACCUAACUCGAUAUCUUUUAUGUUUUGUUUUUUUUUAAAUGCGUUAAUACGUCUUUCAUUUUUUAGUCGGAAAAUAUCAAAUUACUAAUGCUUAAAUGUUAUAUGCUUGUGGUUCAUUUAUUUCCGGGGUUUUGAAACGCUGCUUGGGAUAUAAAACAUUUUUAUGUGAGAAAACUACCAAGCUGACUCUAUGGAAGGUGCCUGCAUGUGUCUGAAGGAACUAUUUCAGAUUUAGAAUAGCCUUAAGACCUCAAUUGUUUUGGUGUAUCAAUUAAAACAAUAACCGCAAAUUCCAUGAAGGAUGUGGGGGUAUCAUCAGUUAAUACACAAAAAUAUCACAUGAAACAAUAACGAAAAAAAACCAACAAAAAAACAAAAACUAAAAGUAAAAAAAAAAACUGUGAGGGGCGGAUGUGAAAUAUUAACUAUGAGACAAUAAGUUGAAUAACAAUAAACACAAGAAACAGAAAGGAAAGAAACUAUAACCUGUGGGUGUGGCUCAAAGCUCUAACAUGGCAGCAAAACAAACUUUAGCUCAGGACACAGAAAACAUGGAGACAGGCGCCGUGUUCAGUGUUCAGAAUGGGAACAACAAUGUUACUGAUGACAAUGUUCCACUCUGUGAGGACUUGAAGUCUGCUGGUAACACUCAGGUUUCAGAGGAAGAGUGGGAAAGAAUUAGCAAAUUGACAGCUGUUGAGAGUUGUCUGCAGGUAUUUGAAGAUAAAGGAAAAGUUGUGAAGGCUAUAAAAGUCAUCAAAAUGAAUAAAGGGCAUUUCCCUGCAGAUAUCAAAGCAAAUGAUAUUGCUGUCAUUAUUACUGAGAUGGAGAAAGCCGAUUAUAACACUAGUCAAAUGGACAGUGCAAUAGCAGAAAUAUUCGAUAAAGGUCAUCAAGGUAUUGGCAUUCCGCACGAGUUGCACAUUGCGUACCAGUGUAAAUCUUGUGAGCAGGAAGGAGUCAAACCAGUGAUCAAAUUCCAGAAGAAAGAAGAAAAAUGAAUUAGUAUAUGUUUGGCAAAUGUAGAAUAUACCCUUCUGAAUCCUUUUCUUAUAAAAAUGCCUUUAAAACUGCUUUGAUGGAUAUGCUUAUCACACUGUUCUAUAUACUAUUAAAUGUUUAAAGCUGUAAACUGAUUUUUCAAAAGAAAAAAGAUAUUUUAUAUACAGUUGACAAUGUACAUGAGGCCUUUAUUAAGCGUUUUUUUUUCUAUUAACAAACGCUAAAAAUCUCAUCUAUCCAUUUUUACCGUACUCUAUAAAUACAUCCCAUUAAAAGUAUCUAUUAACAAGAGCUGUCUCCAUAGGAUGACACAUGCCCCCGAUGGCACUUUGAAUGAAAAGUUAUGGCCGAUGUUAGAGUUUAGGACCUUUGACCUACGGAGCUGGGUCUUGCGCGCGACACGUCGUCUUACUGUGUCACACAUUCAUGCAUAGUUAUUUUAAAAUCCAUACAUGAAUGACAAAGAUAUGGACAGGACAUGCCCAUCAAUGCACUAUCAUGAAAAAUGACCUUUAACGUCUAAGUGUGACCUUGACCUUUGAGCUACGUACCUGGGUCUUGCGUGUAACAUGUCGUCUUACUGUGGUACACCUUCAUGCCAAGUUAUUUGAAAAUCCAUCCAUCAAUGACAAAGAUAUGGACCGGACACGCCCAUCAAUGCACUAUCCUUUAACGUCUAAGUGUGACCUUGACCUUUGAGCUACGAACCUGGGUCUUGCGCAUGACAUGUCGUCUUACUGUGGUUCACAUUCAUGCCAAGUUAUUUGAAAAUCCAUCCAUCUAUGACAAAGACAUGGGCCGGACACGCCCAUCAAUGCACUAUCCUUUAACGUCUAAGUGUGACCUUGACCUUUGAGCUACGGACCUGGGUCUUGCGUGCGACACGUCGUCUUACUGUGGUACACAUUUAUGCCAAGUUAUUUGAAAACCCAUCCAUCGAUGACAAAGAUAUGGACCGGACACGCCCAUCAAUGCACUAUCCUUUAAUGUCUAAGUGUGACCUUGACCUUUGAGCUACAGACCUGGGUCUUGCGCGCGACACAUCGUCUUACUGUGGUACACAUUCACGCCAAGUUAUUUGAAAAUCCAUCCAUCGAUGACAAAGAUAUGGACCGGACACGAAAAUUGCGGACAGACUGACAGACGGUUCAAAAACUAUAUGCCUCCCUUCGGGGGCAUAAAAACCCUUAUAAAUUUUCAAACACAUCUAAUUUGCACAUUAAUAUAAUUAACCAUUCUAAUAGUAAAGCAAACAAACUAUUUCCAUGAUCAGAGUUCACCAUUUAAAACAAUUUUUUUUUAACAAUAGUUUAGUUUUGUGUGCAUGGUAUAUAUCAGCAGUGCAGCAUAUUACUUGUCGUUCAAUAUUUACCAAAAUCUGUAAAGAAACCAUGCCAUUAAGAGACCAGUUUUUGGCGGCCCGUGGUGCAGUUCUACUGUAGUUGCAAUUACAUAAAAUGAUUCAGAAGUCAAAACUUGAAGAAGCAAAUUCAAAGGCAUUUUUAAUUUCUACAUUUGCCAGAAGAAUGAACAGAUAUCAUUACCGUUUCCUAAUAUUACUUUGCUUGUGGUGUUUUUUUUUUAUCUUUCAUCUACAAACUCAGACUUCCCUGACACAUAACUGAACUACUAAUUCAACUGUGGACACAAUGAAUGCAUGUCUAAUCAUAAACUUUUAAUCUGGUUUCUGCAAUUGUGGUGAUGAAGAUAACUUUAUAAUAGGGCACAUGAAAAAAAAACAGGGACUUGUGAACUAGUGUUACAUGUAACCAUUCAGGUAUGAUAUUGUUUAGGGCCAGUUAUUUGGAUUUUUGUUUCUGUUGUACUUUUAUCUGACUACUCUUGUGUUUUGUGUUUUAUUUAAGAGAAAUAUAGAAAGAAAGAAACAGACAGACAGACAGAGACAGACAGACAGACAGACAGACAGAGGGAGAGAGAGAUAUCUAAAUUUCAGAUAAUCUUAAGCUUCUAAUAAAGGCAUAUGAUGAUGUCUCCUGCUCCAUGAGUUAAAUAGUUAUUUCCAAAUCAAUAUAUGUACAGCUUGUGAUAUACAUUGUGUUGUCAAAAUAAUGCUAUAUGGUUUACAAAAAUAAACUAUUAGGGAAUAUCAUAGAUUUGAUAAUACAAUUUAAUCUCUAUUUGAUGCACAGAAGGUGUUGUUUAGGAAAGGUUCAUUUACUAUCAAUUAUCCGACAUAAUUAUGCCUCCAAAUAGAGGUAUUACCUUUUGGUAUGUGCUAAUACCAGAGACUGUACUAAGCAGACACAGAUGCAGAAAUAUUUGAUUGGGGGAGGGGGCACCAGUUUAUUACGAAGACGUCACUGGCGAGGCACAAGUGCCAAGUGGGGGUAGGUAUAGGAUAGGGCCCUCCGCUGGUGUUAGGGGGGUCAGGGGGUCUCCCCUGGAAAUGUUUGAAAUAAAGGUAUGAAAUGGUGGCCCCUACUGCAUUUUUUGCGUCUAAAUUUUGAGGUACAAGAGAGGAUACUCUUCUUACUGUUUUUUUGGGGUUUUUUCGUCUUCCUUGGAAAAUUUUGAAAAAUAGGUAUGAAAUAGUGGCUUCUGGUCCAUUAUUUUGUCUAAAUUUUGAGAAAAUAUUAUUCAUUUGCCAAAACAGUUGGGUACAACUUUGAUGAGUAUAGGUCACUUCUCAGCCAACUAGGGAGAUGCACAGGCCCGCUGGGCCUGGCCUGGAUCUGGACCUGCUGUUUGCUCAAUGAAAGGGACCCAACUUAAUAGAGCAGAAUUUGUGGCACAGCAUGUCUACAAGCUUUUUUCCAGUCUGUUAGUCACUCUUACAUGUAUCAAUUAAUUUAUACUAAUUUAUUUUAGGCCUUAUGUGAGGAGAGAACUCGGUUUUCCUUUUAAUUCUGAGUGCCAAGCAAUGGUGAUACUGGUUCCAUUUUUCAUACGUAUGAUUUGAUGACCUAGGAACAAACCCAAGUCCUCAAACACUCAAGACAGGUGCUCUACUAUUACCCUAUCAAGGCAGUAAAUAAUUAUGUACCAGCUGUAUGUGAUUUUACUACCACACAUGAUUUUAGCAGAUGCUUAUAAAUUUAUAAUCUGGAAUAACAGUUUGAGAAAUUUGUACCCAAUACAUAUUAAUGAUUUGACUUAUAUAGGAGAAUUAGCAAUGGAAAUUUUUUUUUGAAUAUGUAUCAGUCAGUUGAUUUUAAACUUUUAUUCAUCCAUAUCUUAAUUACCUGUACCAGAAUUUUUAAUUUCUUGGACAGUAUUAUUUUGGCAACACAAGUUGGCCUGAGCACACAUUUCAAACCUAUUGUUGAGGAGGAAAACUAACUAUUGAAAUGUCUUUCAAGACUAAGUAACUCUGGGGCUAGAUCUGAUGCCACCA